AUGAAAAUUGUGACAACAUCAGAAGCAGCCCUAGAGAUAAAGUAUGCGACGACAGGGCUGACUCUAUUCUUGGUGGUGCCUCGAGGGCGGAGUCUGCGAAAUCUGGCCGCACAUAUGACGAUAACCAAUGUUCAAAGCCUUGCAGACAGAAUGCAAAGCAAACGCAUAGCCGCUAUUCUGCCUCUCUACACACUGCGCAUGACUUUGCUUCUACCAGCAAAAUUACAAGCUAUGGGGGUAACUCGCCUUGUAAAUGACGAUCAAUGUGAUGGUUUAAAGUUGUCACACGCAGUUCAAAGGAUAAUGUUUUGGUCAGAGGCUGGGCGAUAUGCGUUUAAAGAUGACGGAAUCGAAUGGGACGAAACUCCGGAGCAGACAAUCGUUUUUGAUCGACCGCAUCUGUUUUACGUUCGCUGGCAUAAUGUCACUAUAUUACAUGGAAACUUUGCUUUAUAA